UUGGUGCCUGGGAAGGCCUGCUGGGAACAGGACUUCUAAGAAGCAGUUAUGUCUGGAAGGCUGUGGUGCAAAGCCAUUUUUGCUGGCUACAAGCGAGGGCUCCGGAACCAAAGACAGCGUACAGCUCUUCUUAAAAUUGAAGGUGUUUAUACCCGAGACGAAACUGAAUUCUACCUAGGCAAGAGAUGUGCUUACGUGUAUAAAGCAAAAAACAAUACAGUGACUCCUGGAGGCAAGGCAAACAAAACCAGAGUGAUCUGGGGAAAAGUAACUCGGGCCCAUGGGAACAGUGGCAUGGUUCGUGCCAAAUUCCGAAGCAACCUUCCUGCGAAGGCCACUGGACGCAGAAUCCGUGUGAUGCUGUACCCUUCCCGGAUUUAAACUAAUGAAAAGUAAAUAAGUAAAAGUGGAUUUGUAAAAAAAAAGAAAAAAGAAAAUGCCAGUCUUACAGAGACAUUUUCUCAGUUGAGAGUCCCUCCUUUUAAUAACUCCAACUGUGUCAAGCUGAUACAAAACUUUCCAUCACAGUGCCCCUACUAGAUUCCAGAAAUGAAUAAUAAAGCUGGAGGGCAGGAAUGGGUUACCUUUUUAGAGUUAUUAGCCAGUGGUCCUAUAGAUUCCUGAUUAUUACAAAAGCUAUUGUUAUUAUUUUUUGUUACCCUCCAAACUUGACAGUAAGAUCUUAUUGGUUAGGAGAAAGAAGAAAAACAAGAAAGAGGACCCAGGGUACAAUGAUCAAUCCUCACUUAGAAAGACAAAUGGGAUGGGCAUUGGAUG